AUUUCAAGAUAACGUUUUAUCCCGCCAGGCGCCAGCACACACCUUCCGAAAGCUCUCUUCCGGCACCUUAACGGCCACCGUCACCGAUGCCAUACAUUUCUCAUCUACAGUUGCUAUCCACUGAUCAUUUUUAUACCUAACGCGACUACAAGUUGUAACCCUAAUUUGGUCUGUUCAGAAGUCAAAAUCUGUGCUUGCUGUUCCUGUGAUCUUUUGAUGUUUCGUAUUGGUAUCGUAUGUAAUCGGCUAUAGUAGUUAGCGUUAUUAGUGGUGGAUGAACAUAUCGAUGAGUGACGUAGAACAAACACUUGUGAGAGGCAACGGUGGUGGAGAUGCUAACAAGUCAAUGAGAAGUAACUGGUGUCAACAUGCUAAAUCACUUGAUAAUCUUUUGAGCCGAGACAGAAUAUCGAAAUGUAACUUUCUUUUCUCUUUGACACCGCAAAAACAACCGGUUGCAGAAGAAAUGGCUUCCACUGCAAGAUUAUUCACUUGUAAAUUUCAGAAUGUUAAAACGACACAUGGUCCACAAGUCGACAAGGCUUGGCAAGCUCUUUCCAGUCUCAAGGUGUCUUCUAGAAGUUAUACAAGUCCCGGUAAAAGCCGACCAGUGGCAAAAGAUGGGGAUACAGCCUCUUUUCAAGAUUUUGAACCAGCUACUCAACAAUGCUCUUCUGACGCGAAUAAAAGUCAUACAGGAUCUACUCUGGCAGACCAAAAUUUGGAUGAUACUGAUAUUAAAUAUAGUAAUCAUGGGCUUGUGAUUGAACCAUUAGCAACAGUUCCCACUUCUGUUGCUAAAGCUGGAAGGGCUGAUACUAAGAAUGCCUGUGGAAGUGACAUUAAUGCUAAUCAUCUUGAUGUGGAUCAAAUGAUUACUGACAGCUUCCAAUCAAUUUCACUUUGCACACCACGACCAUCGAUCUCAAAGAUUCCACCUUUCACCCCAGCUGCAAGUAAUACUAUUACAGCAUGUGACGAUAAAAGUUUACCCGAAGAGCUAUGCGUGGAGUGUAGUCAUGGUUUCAAGCUUGGAGUUUGCCCAGAAGCUGCAAACGAUUUGAAAAUUAUGAAGGAUAUGCUCAUUUCGAUAUCAAACGAUCUCCUUGACGAUGAUGGCGAAUUACGUUCAGAUCAAAUAGAAAAACUUCGUCAAGAUAGGCGGCAAUUGAAUAAGCAAAUCAAACUUCUUGAGAAAUAUGUUACGCUAGAUAAUGAAGACUGCAAAUCAAGCUUUUCUGCAUAUACGGUUACAACCGCUAGACCUUUACAGUAUGUAACUCCAUUUUCUGCAAGGAUUGAUCCGGUUAGACUUGAUGAUCAGUUUUGCACGUACACCAAGACUGACGAGAAUAAUAAUAAGUGGGGCACGUUAGCGUUACCAUGUUCCUCAGUGGGUAACUUUGGUGAUUUCUCAACUCCCGUUGAGAGAAAUUAUGUCCGAAAGUAUGUUGAAGUUAAUUAUAUUGAAGGUUCAGAUGAUGUGAAAUGGAGCAACAGAGAUUUUCCAUGGACCAAAAAGUUGGAGGCUAACAACAAGAAAGUGUUUGGGAAUCAUUCCUUCCGUCCCAACCAAAGAGAGGUGAUUAAUGCCACGAUGAGUAGAAAUGAUGUAUUUGUCUUGAUGCCAACUGGUGGUGGAAAGAGCCUCACAUAUCAGCUACCCUCUCUAAUUUCUCCAGGUGUGACAAUUGUAAUCUCACCUCUUGUUUCUCUUAUCCAAGAUCAAAUAAUGCAUUUAUUACAGGCAAACAUAUCUGCCGCUUACUUAAGUGCAAAUAUGGAAUGGACUGAGCAACAAGACGUUCUCAGAGAGCUAUGCUCAGGGCAUUGUCGUUACAAACUGUUAUACGUCACCCCUGAAAAAAUAGCAAAAAGCGAUGCUUUGUUACGUCAAUUGGAAAACUUACAUGCACGAGAAUUACUAGAUAGAAUUGUCAUUGAUGAAGCUCAUUGUGUUAGUCAAUGGGGACAUGAUUUCAGACCAGAUUACCAGAGUCUUGGUAUAUUGAAGCAAAAGUUUCCAAACAUACCCGUGUUGGCAUUAACUGCUACCGCCACAGCCAGUGUCAAAGAAGAUGUUGUGCAGGCUCUCGGUCUGGUUGACUGUAUUAUUUUCCGACAAAGUUUCAACCGCCCAAAUUUAAGGUAUUCAGUUAUCCCCAAGACAAAAAAAUGUGUGGAUGAUAUUGACAAGUUCAUAAAGGAUAAUCAUAACGAUGAAUGCGGAAUCAUUUAUUGUCUUUCAAAGAAGGAUUGUGAAAAAGUCUCUGAAACGUUGCAGGAAUAUGGGCACAAAGCUGCGUUUUACCAUGGCAGUAUGGACCCUGAUAAACGUGCAGCAGUUCAAAAGAUGUGGAGUAAAGAUGAGAUCAAUAUAAUAUGUGCAACUGUGGCUUUUGGCAUGGGUAUUAAUAAACCCGAUGUUCGGUUUGUCAUUCAUCAUUCUCUUCCUAAAUCCAUUGAAGGAUACCACCAGGAAUGUGGACGUGCAGGUAGAGACGGACAACGUUCUUCUUGCGUCUUGUAUUAUAGUUAUAGUGAUUACAUUCGGGUCAAGCACAUGCUUAGUCAUGGACUUCUGGAGCAAAACUAUAACGCAAGUUCCGGAAGGGUACUGGAAACUAAUACCGAGAACCUUUUGCGCAUGGUCAAUUACUGUGAGAAUGAUGUUGACUGUCGACGUUUUCUACAACUUAUUCAUUUUGGAGAAAAGUUUGAUUCUUUCAAUUGCAAGAAAACUUGUGAUAAUUGUUCCAAGGCCCAAAACCUCGUAGACAAGGAUGUUACCGAGAUAGCAAAGCAUUUGGUUGAAUUAGUGAAAUCUGUUGAACAACAAUUCUCUGCGUCUCAUAUCUUGGAAGUCUACAGAGGCUCCUUAAGCCAAAAUGUCAAAAAGUAUGAACACCAUACCUUAAGUUUGCAUGGAGCUGGAAAAAGUGUCGCAAAGGGAGAAGCGUUGCGUGUCCUACACCAUCUUGUUGUUGAGGAGAUUCUUAUCGAGGUCGUUAAAAGAAGUGAUUAUUAUGGAAACGUGUCAUCGAUCCUAAAAGUUAAUGAAAAGAAGGCCUCUAAUUUACUAGCAGGCAUGCAGACCAUAACUUUAAGGUUUCCUUGUGCUGUUAAAGCAUCUAAAUCUAGUAGAAAUGACAUAGCUACUCCAGCAAAGGGGUUAACGUCAUCAAAACAAAGCCCUCCCCGCGUAGUAGAUACUCCUCAAACUCAACCAGAAGUAGACUUGGAACUUUAUGCCAAAUUAUUCUCUGCACUGAAGAUGCUUCGAACUCUACUUCUUAAGGAAGCAGGGGAAGGGGUCAUGGCAUACCACAUCUUUGGGAAUGCUACUUUGCAACAUAUCAGCAAAAGGAUCCCGAGAACAAAAGAAGAACUUCUUGAGAUUAAUGGCAUUGGCAAGGCGAAAGUAAGCAAGUAUGGGGAUAAAGUACUGGAAACCAUUGAGACUACCCUCAAUGAAUACUAUAGUUCAAAUGGGAAUCCGAAGGACGUUUUUGAUUUCGUAGCAAGCCCGGCUAGUUCAGAGAAGUCGGUAUCGAAGGGACCCCACACUACAACUGCUCGUCGUGUUCGUUAUCUUGUUGACCAUGAUGAUGGUGAUGCUUAGGACAUUCAUCAGCAUGAUGGAUGAAGAGUGCAACCUUUUUGUUAACAUUAACAUUAUAAUUGUUAUAAGAAGUUUAUGUAGUUUAUUUAUGAAGCAAAAGUUUAUUUGAUUUA